AUGUCCUAUCUGGUAGAUGGACCAAAGAAGUUGGAAUCUUAUGACAGCAAUAUUAAAAUUCAGGCAGAGCCAGGUAUGGCAUUUGGGCAGUCCUUUUCUAUCCACCGUAAAGUGGCUGAGGAUGGAGAGACUCGGGAGGAAACACUUCUACAGGAAUCUGCAUCUAAGGAAGCUUACUAUCUAAACAAGAUCUUAGAGAUGCAGAAUGAAGUGAAACAGAGCCGGGCUGUGGUCACAAAUGUCCAGGCAGAAAAUGAGAGGCUCACAGCUGUUGUACAGGAACUGAAGGAGAACAAUGAGAUGGUGGAGCUACAGAGAAUACGAAUGAAAGAUGAAAUCCGAGAAUAUAAAUUCCGGGAGACCAGACUCCUUCAGGACUAUACAGAACUGGAAGAAGAAAAUAUUACGUUACAGAAACUAGUGUCCACAUUAAAACAGAACCAGGUUGAAUAUGAAGGCUUAAAGCAUGAAAUUAAGCGAUUUGAAGAAGAAACAGUGCUACUGAACAGCCAGCUGGAAGAUGCCAUUCGACUAAAAGAGAUUGCAGAGCAUCAGUUGGAAGAAGCCCUUGAGACACUAAAAAAUGAAAGAGAACAAAAAAACAACCUGAGGAAGGAGCUGUCCCAGUACAUCAACCUUAGUGAUAACCACAUCAGCAUCUCAGUAGAUGGGCUCAAGUUUGCUGAGGAUGGGAGUGAGCCAAACAAUGAUGACAAGAUGAAUGGGCAUAUCCAUGGGCCUCUUGGGAAACUGAAUGGAGACUAUCGUACUUCCACAUCAAGGAAAGGAGAAUCCCUACACCCCGUGUCUGAUUUAUUCAGUGAACUGAACAUUUCAGAAAUUCAGAAACUGAAGCAGCAGCUCAUGCAGGUGGAGCGAGAAAAAGCCAUUCUUCUGGCCAACCUCCAGGAGUCACAAACCCAGCUAGAACACACCAAGGGGGCACUGACCGAGCAGCAUGAGCGAGUGCACCGGCUCACAGAGCAUGUCAAUGCCAUGAGGGGCCUGCAGAACAGCAAGGAACUCAAGGCUGAGCUAGAUUGUCAGAGGGGCCGGAACUCAUCGGAGGAGGCCCAUGACUAUGAGGUGGACAUCAAUGGCUUAGAGAUCCUUGAGUGCAAAUAUAGAGUGGCUGUCACUGAGGUCAUUGAUUUGAAAGCAGAAAUUAAGGCCUUAAAGGAGAAAUAUAAUAAAUCUGUAGAAAAUUAUACAGAAGAAAAGACAAAAUAUGAGAGUAAGAUCCAAAUGUAUGAUGAGCAAGUGACAAACCUUGAGAAGACAUCUAAGGAGAGUGGUGAGAAGAUGGCUCACAUGGAGAAGGAGUUGCAAAAGAUGACUGGCAUAGCCAAUGAAAAUCACAACACCCUCAAUACAGCCCAGGAUGAAUUGGUGACCUUUAGUGAGGAACUAGCACAGCUUUACCACCAUGUGUGUCUAUGUAAUAAUGAAACUCCCAACAGGGUCAUGUUGGACUACUACAGACAAAGCAGAGUUACCCGCAGUGGCAGCCUCAAGGGGCCUGAUGAUCCCAGGGGGCUUUUGUCUCCAAGAUUAUCCAGGAGGGGUAUGUCAUCCCCAGUAGAAUCAAGGACGUCAUCUGAACCAGUUUCAAAAGAAAACACAGAGACUAUUAAAGAGCCGAGUCCAACUAAGACUCCCACAAUCUCUCCUGUUAUUACUGCCCCACCAUCAUCUCCAGUUUUGGAUACAAGUGAUAUCCGCAAAGAGCCAAUGAAUAUCUACAACCUUAAUGCCAUAAUCCGGGACCAAAUCAAGCAUCUGCAGAAAGCAGUGGACAGAUCCUUACAGCUGUCUCGUCAAAGAGCAGCAGCCCGAGAGUUGGCUCCCAUGAUUGAUAAGGACAAAGAAGCCUUAAUGGAAGAGAUUCUCAAGCUGAAGUCCUUGCUGAGUACCAAACGGGAGCAGAUUGCCACACUCAGGGCGGUGUUGAAAGCCAAUAAGCAGACAGCGGAAGUGGCUCUAGCUAAUCUGAAGAACAAAUAUGAAAAUGAGAAGGCAAUGGUGACUGAAACGAUGACAAAACUAAGGAACGAACUGAAGGCUUUGAAAGAAGAUGCUGCAACCUUCUCAUCUCUAAGAGCAAUGUUUGCAACAAGAUGUGAUGAAUAUGUCACACAGUUGGAUGAGAUGCAGAGACAGUUAGCAGCUGCAGAAGAUGAGAAGAAGACUCUAAACACUUUAUUGCGAAUGGCUAUCCAGCAAAAGCUCGCCCUGACACAGCGGCUAGAGGACUUAGAGUUUGACCAUGAGCAGUCCCGACGCAGCAAAGGCAAACUUGGAAAGAGCAAGAUCGGCAGCCCUAAAAUUGUCAGCAGCCUGCUGCCUCCGUACCGCCACAGUGCUCACAACUAACUGGGAGGCAAGACUACCCAACUGUCAGGUAAAUUCACAGGUCCUUCCUUCUCCCAUCAGCUGC